CGUUCGUUCAACAACGUGGCUCGAAAGUGCUGCCUCGGCGAUCCAGAUAAGCGACCAGGACCAAGAGGAGGGCGACGAGGACGAUCACGGCGACAACGAUGCCACCCCUCGUCGUUCGAUCUUGGCCAGCGUGGCCCGCCGGCUUAGUCUCCAAGGGCCGCCGAUAAAAGAUGACGCUUCAAUUGCGAUCGCUGAUCGUGCUCGUGGAAUCCACAGGUAUCUCAGCGAAUCCUCUUCGCGUCGUGAUCCAUUCUAACCAGCUACGCCCGUCGAGAUCCCAAUUGUUUUCAUCGUGAACCUUCCACACUUUCCCAGUGAACCUGAUAAUCGAAUCGAUCCUUCUUCGACGCGUGUGAAUAUAUCGAGAGUGCAUUUGUGAGAGAAUCGGAUCGAAUCGAAUCGAUAUUCGUCAGGUUCGAUGUUUGGUGACUGACUAGUUUCGAACGGAUACGCAAAGUGCGCGGAGACGAAUCGCGAUGAUAGUAGAAAAUGUAAGGUGUAUCGAGAAUGAGACGGCGAACGAGACGAGAAAGAAUGCUCGGUAAUUGGCAUCGAUUGUGCGUAGUCAAAUGGAAAGCACGUCGGAUGUUCAUGGAUCCUGUUUGGUCAAAGGAUUCUCAACAUUCGGCGUUAGAGAGCUGAAUUUCCUAUUGGGAGAUUCAACGUUGAUUAAUCGGCCGAGUGUCAACUGGUCCAGAUUUAACCAGCGCCAGUAGAUCGUAGCCGAUUAAAGCAAUGUCCUGCGUUGUCGUUUGAACUAAUCGAGGUCGUUUGAACCGAUGUCGUUCGAUCAGUGGAUCCUGACAAUAAGGGCCGGGACGAGCAAACGAAAAUUGGAAGAUCGGCGAAAAGUUGACGACAAGAAAGAUUUUUCCAUCGAACGAUUUCGCAUUGCGGCGAAUACACGGUAAUAAACCGUGGCAGUACAAUGCCGCCGCUUUAGAUUGAAUACAGAGCCGAGCCGAGGUUUUUGAUCUCAUUGGAAAAUAUUGAAUCGAUCUACCAAGUAGUGGGUGAAUGGCGGAGCUUAGUACGACCACCGUGUAUUCUAUGGUUGGGUCACGGUGCCGAGGAUCAUCCCUCUGAUAUAUACAGUGAGGCACACUCGAUACGUGGAUCUUGCGCAGAAUAUGGGGAAGGCACGAGGCGAACUUGGAGAUGAACGCGUGACAGCACGAGGAAAUUCUCCAACGAAUCGACGUCGCUUCCAGAUCACGCUUUGAACUACUGGAUUUUCGGGGCUGUUGAAUAACGUCGCGUGUUUAUUUGACACGGCCGCGGCAUAUCGUUGUGAUCGGUAAGGACAUUUAGUACCCCUAACAAUACUACUACGUUUGUGUUGGUCGUUCGUGUCAUUAGAAAUUCAAUGAAGAUGGACUGGCAUGGGUGAACGUUUGCCACGACGAUGUAAAAGUGACACAGGUGUGAUCAAUGAGAUUCUCGGCGAGGGAUUUCAGUGACACGUGUCUGUAAGGUUGGGAUGACUGCGGCGAUCGAAGAGAGGAUAGUCCGGACGCAGCAGCUCGAUUCUCGCGGCGGCACGGAGGAUCGAGAAUGUUAUCGCGCGAGGAACGGCGCGCGCCAGCAACGCGAGGAAAACGGAACGCUCGAUCGUGAACGAGGAUGUCAAAGAAACUUGAAGAGGCAACGCGUGUAAAAGUGUCAUGAUCGAUAAUAUCGCCGCGAGAUCUGAAAUGGGGACGUACACGAACGGUCAGCCUCUGGUCAAGUCCAUACUUAGGAACCUGUCGUUCGACUAUAUGCAACGACCGACCGACCUGUUCUCUGGUAACGCGACCAAGGACGCCGUUACCAUCCACGAUGAAACCGUCUUGAACGACGUUUCGUCGAGAAGCGAGGAGGACGCGUCGACGAAUACCGGUGUCGGGUACGAGUUAGGUUGGUUCAAUGAUUCAACAACGAUUGGCUCGACGCCUUCCGGUUCCUUGUUCAGUGUGUCUUCGUCGUUCUUUUCAUCGGUGUCACCGUCGUCGCCUAGCUUCGACAACUACACCAGCAUAACGGACCUGUUCCUCUUCGACGACUUGAACGACUACAUCAAUCAAUUGAAUUACAGCGCUUUCGUGAAUUUGACGGCCUACUACGAUCUGAACCUGAACGGAAGCGUGAACUGCACGUCGUCGAUAGUCGCGGGCACGGCGGCUGACGUCGUUAGACCCGGCGAGUGCGGGCCAACAGCAGACGUUGACGAGAAAACGAACGCCAAUAGCUGGUGGGCACUGAUACUGGUGAUCGUGCCUUGUUUGACGCUGUUUGGCAACGUAUUGGUUAUUCUCGCCGUAGUCCGGGAGAGGGCUUUACAAACAGUCACGAAUUAUUUCAUCGUGAGCUUGGCCGUCGCUGAUCUGCUCGUCGCUGUGCUCGUCAUGCCUUUCGCUGUCUACGUCCUGGUAAACGGAUCGUGGAGCUUGCCAGGCUUUGUCUGUGACUUUUACAUCGCAAUGGACGUCACGUGUAGUACCAGUUCCAUCUUCAAUCUCGUAGCAAUCUCGAUAGACAGAUACAUAGCAGUGACCCAGCCGAUAAAGUACGCCAAGCACAAGAACAAUAGAAGAGUGUGGUUGACGAUACUGUUGGUCUGGGCGAUAUCUGCCGCGAUCGGCAGCCCGAUUGUUCUCGGCUUGAAUAACACCCCUGACCGAAUACCGGACCAAUGCCUCUUCUACAAUGCGGACUUUAUCAUCUACUCGAGCCUAUCCAGCUUCUACAUACCUUGCAUCAUUAUGGUGUUUCUUUACUACAACAUAUUUAAGGCGUUGCGGAACAGAGCGAGAAAGGCAAGGAUCAAUAGAAAGCCUAACUUGGGCGACAUAAAACCAGGAAGCAUAAUCGAGAACAUCGCACAUACUCGCAGUGGGUAUUCUGUGGCAAGGUUUGCGGAGACGGCGCUGGGGGCGGCAGCACUCGUCGCUCCUGGCAUGGAGGAGCCGACGAACACCGCGUCAGGAAGCAACGAAGACGAGGACGAGACGCCCCUUGAUCCUGUCGUGGUCAUCUCGAACGAUAAGAGCACCGAGUUUUUUUUGGCCACCGUCGUCGAGGAAGCAGCUUGUCGUUUCAGCGCAGUGGCUCAAGCUCAGCUGGGUGGAACGCAGAAUGCCAGAAAGGAUUCUGGAUAUGACGGCGCAGCGAGCAGCACGGUGAUUCACGAGCCGCUAGAAACGAAUUCCAGCCCGAGUCCGAACCCACGAAUCACCUCGGCCCCGUCGUCCUCCACAUCUUCGUCGCCGCCUCCGAAAAGUGCGCCGGCGAGCCAGGCCUCGCAGCCGAAGAAGAACGGCGCCGAAACGAACAAGCAAGAAUUAAAGAGGCUCAAGAGCGCCGGGUCCCUUCUUCCUCUUCAACUUGCACGAACGCCAAGCGUUCUGUCUGGUUCGUCUGCCUGCAAGAAGGACAAAAAAAAUGCCGUUUCGGGCUCUCGGUUCACGAUAUACAAGGCCAACAAGGCGAGUAAGAAAAAACGGGAGAAAAGCUCCGCAAAGAAGGAGCGCAAAGCUACGAAAACGCUGGCUAUCGUGUUAGGUGUAUUUUUAAUCUGUUGGCUGCCGUUCUUCACCUGCAACAUCAUGGACGCAAUUUGCACAAAGCUGACGGUAAACUGUCAACCGGGUGUCACAGCCUUCAUCGUGACAUCUUGGCUAGGCUACAUGAACAGCUUCGUAAAUCCCGUGAUUUACACUGUGUUCAAUCCCGAGUUUCGCAAAGCUUUUCAUAAACUGGUCAGCUUCUAGACGAGUCACUUCAGUUGAAGCGGCGUUUGUCUUGAAAGGAGGAACACAACGAGAUAUUGGACAAUCGAACAGCUCAACACUUGUCCCGGCGAAAGGUAUUUAUCGUAUUCGCGGACCUCUUUUCGUAAACGCGCCGUCUCUUGUAGAUAGGACGCUCUGAAAAGCCAACGACCUCCUCUUGUCCAUCCGAUCGAAUUACGUUGAAGAAUUCCAGCCACCGACUCCACCGAGUAAUCACCGUCGCGAAACGAAACAGUAACGAAAACCGAAUCGAAGCUUUUUACGAACGGAAUUACAUUGCGCACUUUUUACUUGUUGUUUAUCAGAAAAAAAAAAAUCAAACCAUCGUUAAUACCCUUAGCACCCUUGCAUCCAUCUAUCGCGCGUCAUUGUUCGAGUCUCCGACGAUAUCGAACCGGAGGCAAUGUGCAUCGAUGUUAGAGCUGAACUACCAAAUAAAUAUUUAAGCUAACUGUAAGUAGUCGAGUAAAUGGUAGGGAAACGUACACGUAGGGAACGAAGACGAGCGUUACGAUGGUUGAUGCGUUGAACGCGUUCAAAAUCGCGUUCCCUUUCCAUUCCGAAGUAAACUGGCUGCAUAAAUAACGGAAGCGGUGAAAAGAAGAGAAAGGAAUUGCAGCACGUACACGUUAUAGCGGUGAACAUCAGGUUGAAAUACAAAAUCGAUGGAAUGCGCGUCUGAUAAGUGAGAACCAUAUAUAUUUAUAUAUACUUUGUUGGAUAUUAAAUAUACCGUGGCAGUAUUAUCGUAGCUCGUAAGGUAUAGCGACAUUUUCUGGCUCAAAGCGAAGGAACCGAAUUUGUCAGUUUGACAGAACCCUGACAAACUGUUACACGUUCAGUACACCCGUGCGUCGCGGUCUAAUCUCACCGUCUUUGUAAGUAUUACGUAUGACUAUCCGGACACGAAGCAUCGUCUUUUCUUCGUAUCGUUUCGAGACUCUUGUGUCGCGGCGUUCUAGCAUGCGAGAAGAUCGAUGAACAGGCUCCCGAAGUUCUCGCGAGUCUUUGAAUUUUUCGCGAGUUCUACAAAUCCACGAGAAAGACAAAGGUUGUGCAAGCUUUGGAAUCGUGUUUCUCGAUUUUUCAAAAUUCAUUCGUGCGAAGGGGGACGAGAGAAUUCGAGUGGGUCUGUCGAACGUGUUCGAUGCAUACCGUGCCAUUUCUACUACCGAGUCUUUUUUAUCAUUUAAAACAUCGACGAUAGAGACUAUAUUUUCUACUACGUACACGCUCAGCUACAGGAUUUAAAUUUUGCACGAUAUUCCACGCGAGAGAGAGAGAGAGAGAGAGAGAAAUUCUCGAAAGAUCCUCGAUGCAGCCGUCUUUCCUCCGAUUUCCUUUAAGCGUUUCUUCAAUGUGGAACGUACGGAAAUUAUUUGCUCGUUUUUGUCCCCUCCCUGUCGAUCAUUUUUGCGUUACGAGUGCCAUAUGUUGCACUCGUAAUCAAGAUUUGCGUAUUGUCUUUGACGCGUUAACUGCAUGGAACGUUCGCGUUCAACUCUGGGAAAACGAAAAUCGAUGGCAAAAAAAAGGCGUCCGCUCCCGCUUUUGCCUCACCCCUGGCUCCAAGUGUCCAGAGGGAUUCCUCGUAAAGAUCGCCAUUGUACGCUCGUGACGCGUUCGACAGAGUCGAAACCCGAAACACGGUCGAUGCACGCGCAAAACACCCGCAUCGGCUCCGCUUCGUGUUCUAUCUCCAUGAACGUCUGUAAUGUUUCCGGCGUCCGAAUUUUUAAACAUAUCAAUACAAGUACGAAGCAUGAUACGUAGCCGUAUACUGGCAUCCGAGACGCGCUUACCGAGCAUGUGUAUGUGUGUUAGAUGGGCCACGCAAAGUCGAAAAUACUAGGGAACGUGAAACGUUGCCGUCAAAAGAAAAAAAGAAAAAAAAAAAAACGCAUAGUCUCGCGCGACCCGCGAUCCUGCAAUAACGUUUACAAUCAAAGCUUUUUACUCUAUGAGUUCUAUACACGAGUCUUUCACGUCGUGUCGCGUAACCCUGAAAUUUCUUGAAUGUAUAUUUGUACAUAAUUAGUAGAGAUGAUUAACAAAUUACACGAGUCGUGCAAUCGGUUGUAAGGCGACGCGCGUCUAAAUGCACGCGAUUGCCCGCUAAGACUUAGGUAUCACAAUUACUAAACGUUAGGAGUAACGAUAAUGUGUAUCGCUAUACCUUCUCUGGAUGAAUUGUGAUAAAGCUUUGUUACGUAAUGUUUACCCGGUGACCUGGGUAAAUUUUCUAGUUUGGCAGCUUUUCUCAAUUCUGUUUCGCUACAGAUUCUUCUUUGAGAAGCAUCAUUUUAAAAAUGAUCGUUUUUAAAAUGAGAAGUCAAUCGGGAGACAUUAUACAGUGUACCUUUAUUAUUUUUUUGUUUUUUUUUUCAAGAAAAAGGUUAUAUUAAAAAAUUUCUUUUUUCACGUCACGAAGAUAUUAGAUAUUAAUAUUUCAUUGCUACCGUGAUAUAAUUUAUCAGAUGAAAUGGAAUCGAGUACAACAAAAUUUGAAUCAUAUAGAUUAUUUGUACUGUUAGUACAUAUUUGCUUAUUGGCGUUUUCGCACAAACACUCGAUAAUCGCCGGGCACACCAAACAACUGUGCUUACGAAUGUUUGUUAAUGUCUGUAACUCUUUCGAUCUUCUCCGAUUGAUUUCUUGUUUCAGCGACAAAAUGGACCUUAUGUUUGAGAAACAGUGGCAAAAUAGUCAAAAUUGGGGGAAGCCGCCUAACCUAGAAGUUUACCAUUGUAACCUGUUACAAGAUUUGAUUCACCGAUAAUUUACGAUGUGAAACGAAUCGUUAAACAGACCGAUGUUUUUAUUUUCCAACUUUCUCGUCAUUCAUCGAAUUGAACGUAAAUCGACCGAGAGAAACGAAGUCUGCAUUGUAUCGGCGGGUUGAACUGCGGUAUUAAAGCGCCGCGUUAUUUUCGGUUUGCAUGAUUCUCUUAAUUUGCGUAACUUUUUUCGUAACUUAAAUCUCAUAAACCGGCAGAGCUACGUAAAUCCGUUUUGUUAUAGCAAAUAAAAUCCUCGCCGACGGACCGGGAACUUUAUGUCCUUCCAUAAUGCCGUAACGAACUUUUCGCUCAGUUAUUCCGAGCCGGUAAAAUUACAGCCGGGCGCCGAUUCGCGACAGAUCAUGCCACGUGCCAUUUUACACCACCGGUUAUUUAUUGGCAAAGUUCCUUCGUUCUCGGUCGUUAACAACAAAGAUAACGGCGAAACUUUGCGCCAGCGGUCACCGAAUCAUCUGGAAACUAUCCGCAGAUUUCUUUUUUUUCCAUUCGCGAGGGAAUCGUCGUCGAGAGACAAACACCGACCAAAGCUUUUUCUUUAAACACUCUGCGAUUAACCACCGACAACAGGAAAAGGACUCCGGUUGAGCCACGUAUGUUUCUGCGUUGAGCGAAAAAUCAACAAGCAUUUUCUUUCGACGUAAUGCACGUGAAAAUGCGUUAUAAAGUUUCUUACUGAUCCUGCUAAGAUUGCUGUAUUUUUCUAACCCCGAUACAUUCCCUUCUCUGUAUAUAAAUGUGUAUGUACUUACACAACACACGCACACACACACACACACACACACACACAUACGCGCGCGCGCGCGAUACAAUGUAUCUGUGUUUUAACGACACAAUACGAGGAUAGCGCUGUACAUCUAUGUAAAUAUAUAUCAAAACGAUAAAGAACGCGGGCGUAUACGAAUCGACUGUUAGAUGCUCGUCUCGAAGUUUCCGGCGAUUCUAAUUCUAACCUGAAUCACGGGAACUCUCGAGAACACGUAGGAGGCCAGUUUCUACCUCCUCGAGACGCGAGAGGCUGAAAAAAAAAAAAGGAACGCAUGAAACAAAUACAAGUAAGUGUCCAUUAAGAAAUGUGUCGUUUCCGUGCGAGAGAAAACUCCGUUUUUCCUAUGAAUUUCUUAAUUACUACUACGAAUGGUCUAUACAGGGCAUAGAUGUAAGAGAUAAAUCUUUAAUUUGCCGAGAUUAACUAUAAGCGAAACGAAUUAAGUGGAAAAGGAAACUGAAUAUUCAAAAUGCUGUAUGUACUGAUGGCAAUACUUAUACAUAUUCACACGCGAGAGGAACACACGGGACACAGACACGAUUAAUCAGAGAUAAAAGAAAAUCGAAUACACACGGACACUCGUCGAAAUCAAUAAAAACAUAGUAUAAAUCA